AUGAGCACAGAGUGCUCUCGACGUUUGCCUCCUUCUCCACCAUCUACUAGCACUUCUUGCCAAUACAACGACUUUGCUGUUCACGGUUGGGCGUGUAUUCCCAAUUUCUUAUCCCCGUCAGAACUUCGCGUACUACAGUCAGAUUGCAGUGUGCUCUAUGCUCGAGAAUCCGACGAGUCCAUCACCGCAAAGGGCUGCGUCUUGGACGUGAUGUCAAACUACCCUAUGCAUGACUUAGACCCGUCGCGAAUCGAACUUGACUGUUACUUACGAGCUCGCGCGGAUCAGUUAAAUAGCAAUGAUGCUGAGCUUAAGACUUUUGCCUCACUGCUAUUUGAAAAGCUGCCUACAGUGGCUGGGCAGAUGCUAGCAACGACUUUUGAAAAAGAUGAGCCCGAGUCAGCCAUGUUCUUUUUUAACGAGCACUUUGUAGUAAAGCCUCCGAGAAGCCACGUUGAGUUUCGAUGGCAUCGAGACGAUGAUGAGCAGCUCGCCAUGUGCGUGCAUCGCAAAGAUAUUUCUCCUUACAUUUCGGCGUGGUGUGCUUUGGAUGACGUGACGGAAGCGAAUGGUGCGCUACAAUUUGUAUCACUUAAUGCUUUGGGCGAGCGAAUGAACGAGAAUGUUGAAACUCUUGAAUGUCACGCGAGUGAACCAGUGAUUGUUAAGGCAGGGGAUGUGAUUUUUUUCUUAUCAAAUGUUUGGCAUAGCUCCUCAAGCAAUGAAUCGAAUGGUGCUCGACGUGCAUUUUACGCGCAGUACUCACAAGAAAAGAUUACAGCUCGACCUAGGGAUUCUGCUCCGUUAUGCCAUGCAAUACCUUGUAGUGGAUCAUCUUCCACGAUAAGUGGCAAUCUUAGGAUGAAAAAGAUAAGAAAAUGUUAG